ACGGUCUUGUUUGCACGCUACUACUAUUACUAUUACCACCACCAUCGACAAGCAGAACUGCCGUAGUAGCCGACAAGACCAUUCCACGCCCACACUCUAUUGCCUACACGCUUCGCACGUUUCCUCACGCGAAGUCCGUCUGCACAGUAAAAGUUGGCAGACCGUUCGUGCUCGACGUCUUUGCCGCAACUUAAAGUUUUCGCCACAGCACCGAAAAGUCGGAAAACGCGAACCGUUUCUUCAAAAGUGCGACGACGCGCCUCCUCAUCUGUUUAACUUUUAUAUGACAUCACUUCAAACAAGGAUACAGAACAAUGUAUAGCCGACAAAACCAAAAUCAAGGCGAAGCAAGACUAGAGUCUUUGCUGGACGACUUGCAAUCCACACUUCCCCGAAAUAAAAACAAUCCAUUGGUGGGCAACCCAUCGUCAACAGGUUACAGGGAGGUAUCAAAGAGCACUUCUAGGACUGUUGGAAAUGGUCAAACAGAAACUAAUAAAGAAUAUGAAAUAGAGUACCUUAAUCCGGGCAAUAAAUCUUCUGUACUCAACGAACGAUUACCAGAUCUUCAGUCGGUUGAUUUGUUGAGGCAGACUACUGGAGCCGGUGGUGGAAAGAAUGCCGGUGGUUACGAAACGGUCUCGUCCUAUGAGUACAAACAAUCUACUGAGACUAAAGGUUCGUUGCCCAGACAUGAAUUAAAAGGUAGUACCAACUUGAAGAAAAAUAUAUCAGAACUAGACUCUUUGUUGGAUGACUUAAACCAUUCACAAAGGACUGGAUAUUCUAGACACGAGUUAUCAACUAACGAGUCUACAAAUAUUAAACCUUUGAUGAGCAGUACGCCAUAUAAACAGUAUAGCAGCAAACAUGAAGAACAUAAAUACGGUAGCGUUAACAAAGCUCCUGUUACCAGCGAAAUUAUUUCCAAAUAUGAAAGUUCAACGUCCAGCGGAAAACCUUUAGGUCUGGAUGAAAUCGAUAAUGCUCACAGUUACUCUAAGUUACUAGAAAAUAAGGCACCAGGGACUUAUCAGACUUCCGUGUACUCCAAGGAAACAACGAAGAAAGUGAUUCCCGGUACUACAACCUAUACUUCUUAUGAGCCAUACAGUGUACCCCUCAUUGAGCCUGAUCAGUCCAAAGUGUAUAAUUACUCGGAGGAGUAUCGUUCGGAAAGUCAAAACCGAUCAUUCAGGGACGUUCCGCGGUCCCCAAGGACAUAUAGGCCAAGCUCUCCUAUACAUCAACCAUUAGAACCUAAAAGCUAUUCCAGUAUUGAUACUUACACAUCUAAAACCGUAUCACCUGGUCCUGUGCAGAAGUUCAGCCCAUCAGAUCCGAGCAGGAUCAACGAAGAGGUGUCUUGGGUCGCUCAUGCCACGCCCCCUGUAACCCGACGUUUCCCUGUGAGUGUGGAUAGCACACCACCUGGCCAGCAAACAGUUUACUCAUAUAAGUAUUCUAGCGAGACAAGACAAAACACCAAGUAUGGUACACCCAACGGAUAUACAUCUCCAGUUCAUCAAGAACAGUUGCCACUUAGACAAUCGCCAUUUCCUCGAGAGGAAAUCGAUUCGCCUGGACAGCAAAAACCGCCCAAAAAAUUGGACGAUCUAAUGGCAUCUUUUGGCGAUAAAACGGAAUACUAUCAUAGUGAACGUGAAUACCACACAAAUAAAUCCAAUGACUUCAACGACAGAAAUAAGAAUUAUCCAGCUGAAUAUACAGUACCUAUAAAGAAACCACAACCGGAAGCUACUCCAAAAGCACCAGAAAAAUUGACAGAAGUCAAUGAAACCGUUGUCACCCCGUCGGUAGCGGGACCAGCUGUGUAUUAUCCACCCGGCUCUACAACAUUUGUAAAGAAAGAAGAACAAAUGCAACAGCAGGGGCAGUUGGGUCGUGCACAGAUGAAAGCCAAAGGCAAAGGAAUGUAUAAAUAUAAAAGCAAAAACAAAUCCAAAGAAAAACAGAGUUCCGGUGCAACAGUAGUUCCUUGUUGCUUACCAAUGUGCUGUGCAAUGCCAUGUGUCAUAAUGUAAUUUUAUCAACGCACAUCCUAUACUAAAAUAAAAAACAAAAAUUUUAAAUUUUAAAUUUUUAUUACGAUUCAUAAUAUUUGUGUCACCGUCUAUAUUUUAAAUAAAAAAUAAAUGGAAGCUGUAUUACUAAAAUAGUUGACAUGCAUCCUCAAUAGUAUAUUUUGAAGUAUUUAGACUUCAAAAUGAUUAAAAAAUUUAAUUAUGAUGUAUUUUUUAUAUACCAUUGAGUUUUUUGACAUUUUUUGUUAGAGAUACAUUUUAUAUGAUUCACUUGUUCCUAUUUUUAACUGAAAUCAAAAUCUGAUAAACUAGGAUGCAUGUAUAGAGUUAUUUAAUUCCACAAAAAACCAUCAACUGUUAUAUAACAUAAUUUUCUACUCCUUGUGUUUAUACCAUUUUAAAACUUCUUCAUAAUUUGUACUAAAGUUGGUUGUAAUUUGUUGAAGUAGAACUUCCAACUCUUAUAUUAGGAUAAAUUAAAAAAUAAAACUAUAGAAAUUGCACAGUAGAUCAAGCAUUGUACAUAACAAUAAUAAAUUUGAUUAUACAUAUAUUUUUUUAUAUUUGAAACAACAAACAUAGUUUAUUAAUGAGUAUGAUGACAAUAUGUUUAGAUAAUACAUAAUUUUAUUUAUUUUACUAACAUUGUUUUAAUUUUAAUACUUAAUGACUUUGUUUUUUGUUAAAAACUGAUUGAUAAAGUAUACUACAAUACAUUAACAGGCGAUUUUAAAAUUAUUUUAUGAAAAUUAAAGCUUACAUACAUCUCUGUAACUCAGUAAAUAUAAUUAUUAUAAAAUAAAUAAAUAAUAAUAAUAAUUUAUGUUUAAACUAUUUAUAACUGAUGUAUAUAAGAUAAAACAAAUAAAUAUUUAACUGAAUCUAAAACUAUGACCUAUAAAUUUUAUAAAUGGAUAUCAUGAAGUUAAUGAAAGUUCUUAAAGUACAAUAAUCAAACAUUUAUAAUAAGAUAUUUUAAUAAUUUUAGCUAUAUGUAAAUGUUAGGGUGGAUUUUAAGUAAAACAUGAUUUUGGAUAGUUUUUAAUUGGCUCAAAUUAGUAAAAAAAAUAUUAACUCUAAUUUUUUCAGAAUUAGCCAUUAGCCAUUUUUAACUCUUUUUAUUUCAAAAAAUUUUGUUGGAACAAUUUUAGGUUGAGUACUCAUUGAGUUACAACCAUCGAUGUUUGUAAGAUCUUAGUACUUAGUGUGGGUAUGUAAUGAGGGUAGGUGCAGUUCGUACUGGUGUACAUAUGCAUCGUCAAUAUUCCAUACCCACUCAAUGAGUACUUGUUCUAAAAUUGUUAUCGAUCCAUCAACAAUUUUUGUAAGAAAAAAGACUAAAAAAAUAGCUGCUUUGAGUUAAAAAAAAAAAAUUAUUUUUAUUUUUUUUCUUAAUAGUGAUAAAUAAUAAAAAAUAUACUUUAUACAUAGUCUAAUAAGGCAAUAAUUAUUAAAAAAAUAUAUUAAAACAAAAUCAUAAUUGUAUGAAAAAUUAUAUGUAUCAGUUAGGUCUGAGACACUGAAGAUAUACAAAUUUAAUAAUCAAACAGUUGAUAAAGGAGGUGACAUAAAAAUUAGUUAUUUUGUUUUUCUAUUUAGAUCUAAGUAGUAA